CACCUUCUUUUUUUAACACUUUUUUGAUCGUGAUAAACGCACUUUUUUUUUGUCAGAAGCACUUUCCUGCAGACGAGGAGCGGUUUGAUAUUAACCUCCAUCAUCACAUCCAGAAACAUCUCCAGAAGCCACCAUGAGGACCAGUCACAUCCUCCUGCUCUGCAUCCUGGGACACGCUCUAUUCGCCUCGGUGUUCUGCAACAAUGUUAGUGGUCUUGACGACUGCUGCUUCGAUUACCACCCGAGAAGUUUGAACAAAAAGUACGUCCGCUCGUAUUACAUGACCGACGACAGAUGCUCAAUGACUGCAGCCGUUCUGAUCACGAUGAAAGGAGCUACCCUCUGUGUGGAUCCGAAGCUUGCCUGGGUUGGGAGGGUCAUGACAAGUUUGGACCAAAAGAUCUUUUAAAACUCCAUGCCCGCUCAUCCUUCUUUUAAAGUGCCUGCGCCUUCUGUUGCUUUCAAAUGCAAUGAGAUCAUGAUUUUGGUGUUAAUGUGUAAAUCUGUAAUGGUU